GUCCAGGUGUUAGGUAUUGGAAAUUGGAGGCGAGGAUUUAAGGGAGACCGCGUUUUGAAGGCUCUUUACCCCUUUUCCUCCUCCCAAAACACCGCUUCUAGGGUUUUAGCUUUUGCUCCUCUUUCCUCUUUCGCUUGCUUUCUCUCACCCUCUCCAGCAAUCCCAAACCACAAUGAGCAACGACAAGGGCAACUUCAACAUGUCCGAUCUCAGCUCUGUUCUGAACGAAGAGGACCGAGCAGGCCUUGUUAAUGCACUCAAGGAUAAGAUACAGAGCUUGGCAGGACAGCACUCUGAUAUUCUUGAGAAUCUGUCGCCUAAAGUCAGGAAGCGGGUCGAAGUUCUCAGAGAGAUCCAGAGCCAACAUGAUGAAUUGGAGGCGAAAUUUUUUGAGGAGAGGGCAGCCCUUGAAGCCAAAUAUCAGAAGUUUUAUCAACCUCUGUAUACCAAGCGCUAUGAGAUUGUAAAUGGUGUUGUUGAAGCUGAAGGAGUUACUAAUGAAGCAGCAGCAGACCAACAAGAGGAUAAAGCUGCUGAAGAGAAAGGAGUGCCUGAAUUCUGGCUCAAUGCCAUGAAAAAUAACGAAGUGCUUGCUGAAGAGAUUUCUGAGCGUGAUGAAGGAGCACUCAAAUAUCUUAGAGACAUCAAGUGGUAUAGGAUAGAUAACCCAAAGGGUUUCAAACUUGAGUUCUUUUUUGACACCAAUCCUUACUUCAAGAACUCUGUGUUGACAAAGACAUAUCACAUGAUUGAUGAAGAUGAACCAAUUCUGGAGAAAGCUAUAGGGACUGAAAUUGAAUGGCAUCCAGGAAAAUGCUUAACACAGAAGCUCCUAAAGAAGAAGCCAAAGAAGGGAUCAAAGAAUGCAAAGCCAAUUACUAAAACUGAGAAUUGUGAAAGUUUCUUUAAUUUUUUUAAUCCACCUCAGGUUCCUGAGGAAGAUGAAGAUAUUGAUGAAGAUGCUGCUGAAGAACUUCAAAACCAGAUGGAACAAGAUUAUGACAUUGGCUCAACAAUUCGAGACAAGAUCAUUCCCCAUGCUGUUUCAUGGUUUACGGGAGAGGCAGUUCAAGGAGAUGAGUUUGGAGAGUUGGAAGAUGAUGAUGAUGAAGAUGAAGACGUUGAUGAGGAUGAAGAAGAAGAAGAGGACGAGGAUGAUGAGGAAGAUGAUGACGAGGACGACGAAGAUGAAGAUGAAAGCAAGGCCAAGAAGAAGCCAUCAGCUGGGCACAAGAAGGGUGGAAGACCACAACUUGGGGAUGGUCAACAGGGCGAGCGGCCACCCGAAUGCAAGCAGCAGUAGAAUUUUAUGGAUUGUUGAUGGCGGAAAAGUGAUAAUUGGAGCAGUUUUGGGUGGUUCAUUACGUCCAUAUUAUAUAUAUUUUUGUCACCUUAUGUUAUAUGAUGAAUGGUUGAGGACCUUUUUUUUUUUUUUUUUUUUUUUUUUUUAAAUCAUUUUAUAUGUUGGUUUCGAGGGUAAUGUGGUCGAAAUAGUUUGUGAUCUUUUCGUGAUUUCUUGAUUCAUAUGGGAUUUAUCGAAGGUGGAUGUUUUAGGUUUGGAGUAUAUUUUGUUAUUUUUUAUAUUUAAGGUUCUAAGCGUUUUCUUCUCA